CACUUCCGGUGUCCAGAUGACUUUCCUCCCCGUGUUUCUAAUAGGCAUGUGCAGUGUGCCGGCUUGUCCUGGGAAGAUGGCGGCCCGCUGUUCGUCGCGUUGGUUCUCGGUCGCAGUAUCAGGCGCUAGGGGCCACAUCCUUCCCGGUGUGCAUCGGUGGCCCAGGGCUGAGGCGGCUUUGCUGCUGGCAUUGCGGGCGGGCCGCGGAUCCCUAGCAGGCCCCUGUGAGCGGCUGUCCCAGUUCCAUACCAGCUCUUCCUCAUACAACAAGACAGAUUUUUACCAGGUACUGGGGGUGCCAAGGAACGCAAGCCAGAAAGAAAUAAAGAAGGCCUAUUACCAGCUGGCCAAAAAGUACCAUCCAGACACUAACAAGGAGGAUCCGCAAGCCAAAGAAAAGUUCUCUCAGCUGGCAGAAGCAUACGAGGUUUUGAGCGACGAGGUUAAACGCAAGCAGUAUGACACUUAUGGAACUGCAGACUUUGCUGCUGGGGCAGCAGGGGGAGGAGGACAACAAUACUGGAGAGGAGGUCCUACUGUUGAUCCAGAGGAACUGUUCCGAAAGAUCUUUGGGGAGUUUUCUGGCUCCCCAUUCGGAGACUUGGGUAGCAUGUUUGAGCAGCCGCAAGAGUACAUCAUGGAUCUCACGUUCAUUCAGGCGGCUAAGGGAGUGAAUAAGCAGAUCUCUGUAAACAUUACGGACACGUGCCAGAGGUGUGAUGGGAAAGGAAAUGAGCCCGGCACCAAACUGCAGCACUGCCAUUACUGCAAUGGAACUGGCAUGGAAACUAUCAACACUGGCCCCUUUGUGAUGCGCUCAACAUGCCGGCGCUGCGGUGGGAAGGGAGCUACGAUGACCAACCCUUGCCUGUCAUGCAGAGGCUCUGGCCAAACAAAGCAGAAGAAAACUGUUACAGUGCCUGUGCCUGCUGGUGUGGAAGACGGGCAGACAGUUCGGAUGCCGGUGGGAAAGAAAGAGAUUUUUAUUACAUUUCGGGUGCAGAAAAGUCCAAUCUUUAGAAGGGAUGGGGCAGAUAUUCACUCGGACCUGUAUAUUUCCAUUGCUCAAGCUGUUCUGGGGGGUUCGGCUCGUGCACAAGGACUUUAUGAUCCCAUCAAUGUCCCUGUCCCUGCCGGCACACAAGCAGACCAGAGGAUUCGGAUCAGUGGGAAAGGUAUCCCUCGUAUGAACAGUUAUGGCUUUGGAGAUCACUAUAUCCACAUCAAGGUCAGAGUACCCAGGCAUUUGACUGACAGGCAACGGAUGCUAAUGCUUAGCUUUGCAGAAGAUGAGACAGAUGUAGAAGGAACAGUAAAUGGCAUCACUAACACAACAACAGGAAAACGAUCAACAGGAAACUAGUUAUUGCAGAGCUUACCUGUCUGUGAAAAUGGAGCAAAUCUAUGGACUCUUUUCACCACUAUGCCAUGAAGCACCAUACAGAAUAAGCAUAACCAUUUGCCAGGCAGCCAGAAGAAGCCAUAUUGAGUUGCACCUUGCUCGGGCACAAAAUAACCAAGGACUGACGUUAAGGUUGAAUGAAGGAGGCAUCUGCCAUACAGACCAUCUAUUCCAUUCUUGUUCUUGUAACAAUCUAAAAAAAAAAAAAAAAAAACUUGUACAUCCUUACGUUGCCAUGUGCUCUCUCCUCUGCUCGUAUUCUAUAUGAAUGGUACCAAUUGUGGGUAAGGGUGAUAGCUUCUGUCACGUUUGUUAAAACCUUAUACAAGUUUCCUUUUAAAAAGGACGCUUUGCAGUGCCAUGCUGUAUGCCCUCUGUCACCCAUUCAGACUCUGUAUUUUAAAGGAUCUGUUAGAUGGAAAACAGGAUAUACACCACCUAAGGUCUGGUGUCUUCAUUGUACCUGGAAAGUCCAUUCUGUGAAUACAGGGCCUAUAGGGAAAAUAGGGUCUGGAUUGCCUCUUAGGCAGAAAGCCCCAGUAUAUUGCUUUUUCGCUCCCAUAUUCAUAGGUUAUACUGCCACCCAGAAUCCCUUGCCUGGCCAGUAAGGAGAGCUUAGGUAGAUGUCUGCCUGUAGUAGGCUGCACUUGACUAGAGUGCCUUUAAAAUUGGGCAGCUGACCAGGGGAUAGGUUGUUUAUAGAAAAAAGUGUCAGUAUUUCUUUAAACAUCUUAAUCUUUUUGUGCAAGUCUAGCAGCUGCCUCUUUGUCUUAAAUCCUAGGGGUGUGUGUGUCUCUGUGUGUGUCUCUCGCACUCUCUGUGUGUGUGUCUCUUGCUCUCUCUCUGUCUCUCUCUCUCUCUCUCUCGUGUGUCUGCCGAUAUGAGGGAAGGGGUUAAGAUUCUUUGAUCUACAUUACUCCUGCAGCUAUGCUCUCUUUUUAAAUUGGACAAGCUUAAAGCCACCGUCGUACCUAGGGAAUUGUGGUAGGCUAAUAGGUUUUCCAGCUCUUUUAAUUAGUGUUUUUUUCCCCCAUAAACAAGUCCUAUCAUUCAGAAACAUUUUAAGUGACACUGACAUUUUUUAGCCUCCCCUCUCACCAUUUUUUUUUAAAAACCUUUUUAGGUUUCAUGUUAUAAUGAAACCAGCAGAGGGCACCCAACAGCCUCUGACCUUCUCAUGUGCUUAUAGUUGGUUGGGCUAGGUUAUUGCAAUUACUUUGAGGUUGCCAGAUCACAAGAAAAUUCCAGGACCCCUCUAGAAACCCAUCUUAAAGGACUGUACUGCUUGCAAUCAAUUUAAGUGCAAAUAGUUUGCCUUUUGGUCUGUGGAUUUUCUCUCUUUUUUGAUUGGAGAAUUCUGUUUGCAUAUUAAUCAGAGGCAGGCAGGGUGUGGAAACAGAAGGCAUUUCCUUACAGAAUAAAUGCAAAAUAUGCAUUGCAAAGUUACUCAGACUUGAGACAUCACCAGGAGCCAAUAUGGAUUCCAAGAGCUUUAUAGACUAGAGCCCUAUUCUUUGGAUUAUUGACCUGUAGUGGCACUAUUUAAGCUGUGUCCUGGGUAUCAUUGUAAAACUCCCCAUCCAGUCUGAAUGGGACCCACAAUUCAAAUGAUAUAUUUUUCGAAUGCCUGGGAGAUAAAGAGACAUGAUGCACAUUCUUGGUGUUCAUCCUAAAAUAGACAGGGGCAAGAGAUAGUUGUUUUUGAACAAUUCUCCCAGGAUCCCACCUUUAGCUGAAGGGUUUGGGUGGGAUUCUGGGAGUUGCAGUAGAGCAAUAUGGGUGGCUGCUCUGAUAAUGUAAUAUUUGUAUAGGAGUUGAGGUUAGAAUUACACUGGAGACCACCUAACCUAGCCAGGCUAUAGCUCUGCACUGAUUCUGCUAGGCCAAUGCUACUGUUUAGUUGCAGGAUGGAAUAAACAGCAGUUCUUCUCCCUAAAA